AUGGAAAAAGCUUUUUGGAGACCUAUCUUGUUUAUCGUCCUGGCCGCUUUGGUGGCCGUUGCCAACGCCGGAAUCCUGGGUGCCCCUGCCUUGGGCUACGCUGCCGCCCCUAUAGCCGUGCACGCCCCGGCCAUCGGCACCUCACAACAGAGCACCAUUCGCACCCUGGACGGCAACUCGGCUGUCUCUCACUACUCGAAGGCCGUUGACUCUGCCUUCUCCAGCGUCCGCAAGUACGACACCCGUAUCAGCAAUGACGCUGUUGCUCUGGCUCAUGCAACAUAUGCCGCCCCCGCCAUCGCCGCUCCCCUGGGUCUCACUCACGCUGCCGCCCCCGCCAUCGCCGCUCCAUUGGGUGUCGCUUACUCCGCCGCUCCUGCCGUCGCUCAUCUCACCUUCGACGGACUUGGUGCCCAUUAUGCUUAUUAA